AUUGUAUUAGAGAUAAGAGAUAUUUAAGAAUAAUUAUUGUUAAUUAUAGGCAUAAAUUUUAUGGUUUUUAAAGUAAUCAGUAUUCUUUUAUAGGAUUAGAAAUUAGAUGCAUAGAUUGAUUUACUGUAGAUUAGAGAUCUACGCCUCUAACCCAAUGCCCUUUGGAAACGUAGAUCAGUCAUUAAUCGCCGUAUGCUUUGCAUCUCACAAACCCUAAACCUCUAAAUAGUGAGGUCCCGUCUCGUUUUGUCUCUCUCUCUCUCUUUCUCUUUCUGCGUGCAAGGGUUGGGGCUGCGUAGAGUGCUGAUCUCAAUUUCACAAGUGCGACUCGCAGUUUUGAGCAGCCAUGGCUUUGAUUUUGCAUGCAGGAAACACGAACAAAAAUGCCUUCAAGGCACUCAUUGCUGCAGAGUACUCUGGUGUUAAAGUUGAAUUGGUCAAGAAUUUCGAGAUGGGUGUAUCAAAUAAGACUCCUGAGUUUCUUAAGAUGAAUCCUAUUGGAAAAGUUCCUGUGUUGGAAACACCUGAUGGUCCUGUAUUUGAGAGCAAUGCUAUAGCACGUUAUGUUACUCGCUCAAAGGCUGAUAAUCCCCUUUAUGGAUCAUCUGUAAUUGAAUAUGCUCGCAUCGAGCAGUGGAUUGAUUUUGGGUCAUUGGAAAUUGAUACCAAUAUUUUACGAUGGCUCAUACCACGAAUGGGUUUUUCUGUUUUCCUUGCACCGGCUGAGGAAGCUGCAAUCUCUGCAUUGAAGAGAGCACUGGAUGCUUUGAACACCCAUCUUGCCUCCAACACUUACCUGGUUGGACAUUUGGUGACAUUGGCUGAUAUUGUUAUGACCUGUAACUUGGUUAUGGGAUUUAGCCGGAUCAUGACCAAGAGCUUUACUUCAGAAUUCCCUCAUGUUGAGAGGUACUUCUGGACCAUGGUCAAUCAACCAAAUUUCUGCAAGAUAUUAGGCGAGGUUAAACAGAUAGAAUCUGUUCCACCUGUUCCAUCGGCAAAGAAGCCUUCACAAGCAAAAGAACCUGCAAAACAGAAGGUCAAGGAGGAGCAGAAAAAGGAGGCCAAGAAAGAAGUGGCAAAGCCUAAAGCUGAAGAGACUGGUGAGGAGGAGGCAGCUCCCAAGCCCAAGCCAAAAAAUCCUCUUGAUCUUUUGCCUCCAAGUAAGAUGAUUUUGGAUGACUGGAAGAGGCUAUACUCAAAUACCAAGACCAACUUCCGCGAGGUGGCUAUUAAAGGAUUUUGGGACAUGUAUGAUCCUGAGGGAUACUCUCUUUGGUUCUGUGAUUACAAAUACAAUGAUGAGAAUACCGUUUCAUUUGUGACAUUGAACAAGGUGGGUGGUUUCCUACAACGGAUGGAUCUGGCUCGUAAGUAUGCAUUUGGUAAAAUGCUGGUGAUUGGUGCCGACGCCCCAUACAAGGUGAAGGGAUUGUGGCUCUUCCGAGGGCAAGACAUCCCUCAAUUUGUACUUGAUGAGUGCUACGACAUGGAGCUGUAUGAUUGGAAGAAGGUUGAUAUUACAGAUGAAGCCCAGAAGGAGCGUGUCUGUCAGAUGAUUGAAGAUCAGGAGCCAUUUGAGGGGGAGCCUCUGUUGGAUGCCAAGUGCUUCAAGUGAAAGCCCAAAAUUAUGUUUUGGGGUCUGGUUUUUUCCAUUCUUAGUUUAUCCUUUUUUAGGUGGUGUUUCAGUGGCAAUUUUGAGACUCCGGUGUUGUGCUUUAUUUUUGCCUUUGCUCUUCUUGGUCUCAUGACAUGAGUGUAUUUGAGUUAUAUUUAAAUUCUACUUAUAAUAUAUUUUUGUUUGGAAA